AGACACAUUCAGAAGAAUCAGGAGAAUUUGAUGGGACACUUGAACAUCCUGAGAUGAAUUCAGCCAGUCAUCACGAACCACCGUCAUCUACACUUCACACACCACUCUGAAGCUUCUGGAUUCACUUCGGCAUUUAUAAAUACAGUUUAUUCAUCAUAUGAGUUCAUAUGGGACAUUGGGAUGGUCAGGUGCAUGCAGAACACAGAACAUGUAACAUUUAUAACAAAGAAGAUGGAUGCAAGCUGACACUUUAUGAUGGAUUGUACUAUUGAAUAUAUAUGAAUGAGGAAAGGUUACUGUAAUCUAUCACAACUCUGGAAUUAUUGUGAAUCUUUUAUUUGGAUCAAAAUGAGUUGUUUCUGUUCGGUUCAAGAGGAGUUUUACUGUGAGGUUCUGCUACUGGAUGAGUCCAAGUUGACUUUAACCACUCAACAACAGGGAAUAAAGAAAUCAACCAGAGGUUCUGUAGUUCUGGACUGUGUGUUCAGUCACGUGAAUCUCGCUGAAACUGAAUAUUUCGGACUUCGCUAUUGUGACCGCAGUCAUCAAACGUAUUGGCUAGACCCCUCAAAAACGCUUGCAGAACAUAAAGAUUUGAUAACAACUGGACCUCCGUAUACACUCUAUUUUGGGGUGAAAUUUUACGCUGAAGAUCCUUGUAAACUGAAAGAGGAAAUUACAAGGUAUCAGUUCUUUCUGCAGGUGAAGCAGGAUGUUCUUCAGGGUCGACUUCCAUGUCCAUUUAAUAUCAGUGCACAGCUGGCAGCUCUUGCCAUUCAGUCUGAGCUCGGAGAUUAUGACCCGUACAAACAUACGCCAGGUUACGUGUCAGAAUACCGCUUUGUACCCGAUCAGAAAGAAGAACUAGAGGAUGCCAUCGAACAGAUUCAUAAAACUCUCAUGGGUCAGGUGCCUGUUGAAGCUGAAAAUAAUUACUUGGGAAUCGCCAAAACACUGGAAAUGUACGGAGUCGACCUUCACCCUGUGUUUGGUGAAAAGCAAUCUGAAUACUUCCUGGGACUGACGCCUGUUGGAGUUGUUGUUUAUAAAAAUAAAACGCAAGUCGGGAAAUAUUUCUGGCCAAGAAUUUCUAAAGUAUAUUUCAAGGAAACACAAUUUGAGCUGCGGGUUAUGGGCAGAGAUUGUAAUGAAACUUCAUACUUUUUUGAUGCUCCCAGUAAGAUUGCGUGCAAGAAUCUCUGGAAAUGUUGUGUGGAGCACCAUACCUUCUUCAGAAUGCCGGAAAAUGAGUGUAAUUCAUUGACGAGGAAGCUCUCUAAAUGCUCGAAACAUCGCUACAGUGGAAAGACUGUGAUGCAGAUUGGACGAGAGUCUGUAACUGUACCUCGAGCAGACCUGCAGGUGAUCAGAGCCCGCAGUAAGACCUACCCGAAGAGAAGCACACAGAACAUCACUGCGGGACGGAAUAAUGGAGGCCAGACGGUCACAAAGACGGAGACAAAGAGUGAAAGCCAGACCAAGACGACAGAACUGUCACCAGUGAAGAGUUCAAAAGCAAAGACAGACUGCACUUCAGAAGACCAACUCAACAAACCCAGUGCACCAUGGGAGGAUGACGCUCCCCAGAGUGGACUGUACAACUCAGCCAGCGAGUGGAACAAAUCUCCCAAAUUCCCCAAAGCUCACAGACGCUCGCCCUCGGGGGGGAGCGAGAAAGAGACAUCUCACUCCGCCAGACACAGAAGAGUACACAGCACUGAAGACCAGCAAACAAACAAACAGCACAUGAGACGGUCACGUUCCCGUGGCAACACCAGCAGCGGCAGCGAAUCUGAGAAUUCCAAUAGGGAACAUCGUAAAAAGAGAAACCGGUCUCGUCAGGAGAACGAGAUGGUGGAUUCUGGUCCUCAGUGGGAAGUCGUUCUCCGCAGACAGAAAGAGAAAACGGCCAACGAUCCAAACCAUCGGCGCUCACGACACCGCUCACGAUCACGCAGCCCUGAUGUUCAAGCUAAAGAACAACUUUGGAAGCACAUACAGAAGGAGCUGGUCGAUCCAUCUGGUUUUACCGAGGAGCAACUGAAGGAGAUUCCUUACAAAAAAGUGGAGACGCAAGGUGACCCGAUCAAGAUCCGGCAUUCACAUUCUCCCCGAAGCUUCCGGCAGUAUCGACGUUCCCACUGUUCGGAUGGAGAGAGAUCUGUUCUCUCUGAGGUCAACUCCCGGACUGAUCUUGUGCCCCCCCUCCCCGUCACCCGCACUGCAGACGUGCCCGGUUCCAGCUCGACCCCUGCACAGAAGAAGAAAGGGUCCAAAGACAACCUCUCUGAGAGCUCCGAACACGACACAAAAACCAGCACCAAGGUGGUCAAGACUGUACACACAUCUCGAGUGAAAACAGACACGUGACCAUUUUUCAAAAGAGACGUGGGAAGGAUGAACGACGGGAUUGCCAGUGGAAUCGAAAGUUCUAGUGGGACCUGUAUGGAAACACUCAAGUGAUCGUCAAUCAAAAGUCAAGCUACUUUCAUCAUAUUUCAUGCCAUAACUCUUUAAAUUUUUCUGCACUGUGAGGAAAGUUUAGUGCAGUGGUUCUCGACUGGUGGGUCUGUUGAGAUUCGGUCACAGAUUGCAGUAAUUUCUACGACACUAGCACCACCGAAUGGAAUUGCAAAAAUAAACAAUGUUUUCAAAACAGCUUUCUGAAUACGCCCCUCGUCUGUUGGAAAGUCCCGCCCCCAGCUCACGCCAUUGGUUGAGUAAUGUUGUUGGGGCGAGUCUCUCAAAACAAACAGGAAUUUUUAUAGUGCCACAGAGACACAGUGUUUACAUUGUCAAGAAAAUGAACCUAUGAAUUGCUUAUAGUUGUUUUUGCAUAUUAAGCUGGCAUAGAAGGAAGUAUUUUAACACUGCAUAAGUUACAUAUGUCAAAUUAGAAACCAAAAUUGACAGUUUUCCUGUGUAAAAUGUGGGUCCUGAAGCAAAAUCAGUUGAGAACCACUGAUUAGAUUUAUUUCCGACAGACAAUCAAAUGAAGGAUGGUGGAUCGUUGGCAUAGCAAACACUGUUCAGUCUUACGGUGUUAUGUGUGAUAGCAUCGUAAACACAUACGACUCUUUUUGAACACAUUUUAAUACAGUAUUAACGUUUGUGAGUAUGUGGGAAUGAUGUUAAAAAGUGCUUUGUAUUAUCAUUGUGUCCACAGAUUUUAGAUUAAACUCUGCUGUUGGAAAUAUUGCUGCUGUAUUUCUAUAUUUGUUUUUGCACAAUAAUGUAGCCUGUCAUUUCUGUUUAAAAAAAUAAUAAUGUCUUGAGUUUUAAAAAAUUCUUGUCAAUAAACACA